GUCCAAGUAGUAAAAGUCAACAAACAUCAAUAAGGAUUGCCGAUGAAGCAUGGAUAAAGCAUGAUAUUAUUAUAAUAGAGAUAGAACCACCAUAUAGAGAAUUACAUUUAUUAGAUGAGGAAAAUAAAAGUCUUUUUGAAGAAAUGAAAAAAUGGGUGGCAGAACAUCCUAAUGAGGGACUUACUGAAUGUGUUGAAGAAUUUGGAAUUAAACCAUUAGGUGAUGCCUUAGCAAAGGUUCUUUACAAUUAUAAAUUCCCUGAUUUCAUUAUCACCUAUGAUUCAAAAGAUAAACAUCAAGAAACUAAUGAAAAGAAAAGAAGGAAUUUCGAAAGAUUGUUAUUGAGAUCUGGAUUAGUUAUAGAACAUGAAAGAGAUGCUGCUAGUGAUAACGUAUACGUUAAAUUAUUUGCUCCAUUUGAAAAAUUAUGCGAACAGGCACAUGUAAUAAAAUUAAGGAUGAGAUUGGAUACUAAAAGUAUGAAAGAAUUUGAUGAACUUGAAAAAAUUGUUUCUCAAAUUGAUCCUCAUGUCGUCAAAAUCAUGAGAUAUUUCACACAUCCUAUAAAUUUAAAAAAACAAUCGGCAAUUUUUAAAGUAGAAAAACUAAGACAAUUUGAGGGUGCUGAAGAGUCCAAAUCUUUGUCUGAUAUUUUAUUGAAUUUUUUUUCAAUGUCACGAAGGAGUUUAAUGGUUUAUAGAAUAAUAAUAACUGCAAAUCAAAUCCAAAAGACAGUAUUAUCUGAGGGUCAUGAAAUAUUAGCUAAAUGUCAAAUAAAAUCAUUAGCUAUUCAAAAUUUGACCAAAAAAAGAGUAUAUCUCAAUUAUUUUCCGUUACAUGAUGGCCCUUAUAAACAUGAAGAAAAAAUCAAAACUAAAUCAUUAGUUGAAAAAACUAUUUAUGGUGAACCAAGAUACAAAAAUGUUAAUGAUGAAACUGUUAAUAGAGAUGUUAGUGAUGAAACUGUUAAUAGAGAUGUAAAUGAUGAAAAACAUGGAUUGAGAUUAAACAAACGAGCUUGGCUAUAUGAUAAUUGGGUAACAAGUAUAAAUAGGCAACCAUUAGAAGAGAUUAAAGAAUAUUUUGGUGAAAAGUUAACGUUAUAUUUUUCUUGGUUAGGUUUCUAUACCACUUGGUUGACAAUAGCGUCUAUCGCUGGUAUAAUCGUUAUCAUAUAUGGGGUAUUAGAUGGCAUGAAGUAA